AUGGCGCGGGCGACAUGGCGAUCAGACAUCGUGGACGUGGACGGCGACGCCAGCGCCGUCGACGCAGAUCGCCUCGAGGCUGCAAUGCAGCUGCUGCGGGCACGGAAGAGGGAGCGGGAGCAGGAGGAGCGCGACACCAGGCGGGCAGAGCGCAUGGAGCGUAUCUACAUGGCAAAGGCUGAGGAGGACACGCGGCGAUCUGCCAAGGCGAUGGCGACCGCGGCCAAUCAGCAUCGCGAAGCAGUACUACGAGAACGUCUUCUGAGCGGCGAGCUGAUCGGCAUGCAGAAAGAUAGGCAGAGGAGACAACUAGUCGCUGUGGACACGGCAACUGAGGAUCUAGUGGCAGAGACCGAUGAGAUGCUCGACCGGCAAUACUUGUUGGACGUGCAGAUGGCAUUGGCGGCGACCGUCGACGACGACGUUGAGGUGAAAUCGGAGGGGUGCCGCGCCGAGCCCGCGUCGAGGCUGCCGCCGUCCAGUCCGACUCAGAUACCCACUCCGACUGAGCUGCCAAGUCCGACAGAGAUACCUGCUAGCAGCUCCAGGUGUUCGGUGCGCACGGUGGUGCCUGUGUCGGACGAUGCUGGACAGCGUGGUCGGAGCCAUGCGCCAAGGAGCACGCCCAUGCAGAUGGCGGAGGCGGCGCGCAGCAGCCAGUACAGCGAGGGCGCCCAUGGAGGAGGCACUGCGCUGAGCGAGGUGGAGGGCUCCAGCCACAGCUCCGACUACACCUACCCCGACUACACG